AUGAAGAUAAUUAUUGAUGCUAUAAAUUAUGAAUCAGAUCAAAAUAAUUAUUAAGUAAAGUUAAAAUGUGGACCUACAGUGUUAUAAACAGUAUUAGGGAAUAAUUGGAAUCACAGAUUUGUUUUAGAGCAUAAAAAAACAUCAGAAAUUAGAAUUGAAGUUUGGUAAAAACCUAAUGAUGAAUACUAAUUAAUUGGGGACUCAAUAGUUUAAAGGAUAGAGGGUACAUAAAAAUUGUCAAUAAAAUAAAAUAAUAAGGAAUAGGGUUUUAUAAAUGUAUAGUAUAAGGAAGUGAAGGACUCAGUUACACAAUAAAUUUUAAGCUAAGACUCAUUAAAUGUAAGUAAUUAAUGAAUAUUAGUUAUCAAAAAUAGAAAAAUAAGCAUAGGCCUUACAGAAAUUAAAUGAUUCAUUAUCAAUGAUACCUAGUCCUCAUUAAGAUUUUGGAUCCAUAAAUGAAUAUUUCUCUUAAUAAUUUUAAAAUGAGGAUAUAGUAGGUAAUUCAAAGAAAGUUGCCUCAAAACUUGUAAGAGAAUCUAUUGAUAAAAUAUUAUAAAAUAUCUAAAUUGCAAAAGAAGCACUACAUUAAGAGGAUGAUGAAUAUGUAGAAAAUGAAAUAGAGAAGAAAAAUAUUGAGAAGGUUUAAAAGUAAUUAAUUAGAAUAGAUUGUAAUAAAUUGGAGAGAAAAAGAAAAUAAAUAAGUUCUGAGAUUCUUUAAUUAGAUGAGAUUGCAUAAUAAUUGAGAAUAGAUUAGAUAGAUUAAAAAUAAUAAAUAUAAAAUUUAAGAUAAGAUUUGAUAUAGAAAUUGUUAUAUCUUGAAGAUAAGAUAGAGCAUUUAAAGAAAUAAUUAAGAAAAUAAAAGCAUCAUGUGUUUGGAUCAAAUCCUAAUUUAGUAAAUAGUGAAAUAGAAAUUAGUUCGAUUAAUUUAUAAAAAUAAUUUGUUGAAAAAUGGUAAUAAGAUCCUAAUUUAGAAAAAGAGAGACAAGAAUUUAUAUAAAAAUAAAUAUAGGAAUGGAAUAACAUUUAAAUAUAAAGAAAAAAAAGAAUUGAGGAAUAAUUUAAGAAGAUAGAAUAAGAAGAAAAAAUAAUAUCAUAAAAAAAGAAUGAACUAUAAUAAACAACAAAUGCUAAAAAAAAAGAAGAAAUAGAAAAGAAUUUAAAAUUAUUAGAAGAACAAUAAGCUAAAAGAAAGGUUGAAUUAGAAGAAGCUAAUAAAAGAUUUGAAAAAAAGAAAAAUGAAAAAUAUCUUGCAUUAAGAUAUGCAGAGUAAGAUGCAACAUAUAUGAUAUAAUUAUAAUAAGAAAGAAAGAAAAUACUUGCUCAAAAUAAAAAUCCAGAUUUUGAUGCCAAAGAAAUUAAAUAAUUUGAGGAUAAAUUUAACUAAAUUCAUAUUGAAAAAUAAAAAAAACGUAGAGUUUAAUGGGAAGAACGAGAAGCCUAAUGGAAUAAAUUCAAAGCUUAAUAUUAUUCAUCUUCUUAUUAAAAAGCUAAGGAGGAAUUUAAAAAAAUUGAAAAUAUUAGUGAAUAAGAAAAAUAAGAAAGAUUAAGCAAACUUACAUAAUAUAUAAAAGAAGUAAAAUAAAAUUAUAAACCUACUGUAUCUGAAGAAUUAUAAGAAAAAUUAAUUAUGAUGAAAAAUAACAUUAAACAUUAAUCUGAUUAUAAAAAAUAUUAAUCUCUUUCCAAAAUAAUUUAAUCUAAACAUUAAUAUCAUGGUGUAAGUAAAGAAAAAUUAUCAAAUAUUAUCAAAAAAUAAAAAUUAAUACCUUUAGAGAAAUUCCCUAUUUCUAAAAUAUCUCCAAGAGAUAUUGGAGAUUUUUAUUUAAAAUAAAAUGCCACUUUUAACAUUAAAAAUAUUCCACCAGUAAAAAGAAUCUAGAAAAAUGAUAAUGAAGCAAAACAAUCAGUAACAUCUUUACCAAAUCCAAAAUCAUUUGAUUAUUUAAAAAAUUAAAGAAUAAAAAAAGCUUAAAAAUAAAUUUAAGUAAUUAUAAAUAUAAUGUAUAGAAUGGAUCAUACGAUAAUAAUAUAUUGGAAAAAGAAGAUUAUUAAAUGCUAGAUUAAAUUAAUAAAAAACUAUUGGCUUUAAAAUGA